AUGUUUUGCCUAUUACUGCCGACGGUGUUCGCAUUUGGACUCCAUUUUAAAGAAAGUCAGUCGGAAAAAUCGCUCGCCUGGCGUGAAGGUCUACUUCUCUAUCGUUCUACUUGUCUGAUCAUCAUCGAAAUUAUUAUGGUUGGUAUAAAUAUGUAUGGUUGGUCAUCGUCCGGUGUCAAUCAUGUACUCAUAUUCGAAAUCUAUCCACGUAAUCACUUAACUUACCAGCAAUUACUCGAAAAAGGAAUAUGCUUUUUGGUUCUCUGGUUCCUUAGUCUUAUUGGAUUCAUUGUCUCGUCCUAUCUCGAUUUUUAUCCAUUCAUACAGCCGCUUAUAUUUGCUGCACUGAUGAUUCUCUUUCUAAUUAAUCCGACACCAAUAUUUUACCGUCAGGAACGUUUCUGGUUUUUACAAAAGUUGGCAAAAGUUAUUGCGGCACCAUUUUAUCAAGUUGGUUUUGCCGAUUUUUGGCUUGGCGAGCAGUUGGCAUCGCUCGAGCUUUUCUUUUUCGAUCUUGAAUUCUUUUUCUGUUUUUAUACUUCUGAUCAUAGUUGGUGGUCAUCAAAUUUAACAGUGUCGUCAUCAUCCCGAGGCAUAUUUUGUACUGGUUGGACAAGAAUACUUCUACAAACGUUUCUACUUAUAUUGUCAUUCUGGUUUCAUUUUGCACAAAACCUACGACGAUAUCGUGAUACCAAUCGCGUAACUCUUCAUCUUGCUAAUGCAGGCAAGUCUGCAACUGGCUUCUUUGUUGCCAUAACCAAUUCACUGCGACGUGCGACCGCUGAAACAUAUUCUAAGCGACCAACAGCGAAUCCAUUUCUUUAUUUAUGGAUCAUCGCAUCAAUUGUUGGUACCACAUACAAACUCUUGUGGGAUCUCAAAAUGGAUUGA